AUGAGACAAUUGACAGAGGAAGAGACGAAAGUAAUCUUCGAGAAGCUAGCAGGGUACAUUGGAAGGAAUAUAGUGUACUUGGUGGAUAAUAAAGAUCAACCUCAUGUUUUCCGACUACAGAAGGAUAGAGUGUACUAUGUCCCAGAGCACAUUGCCAAUUUAGCUACUUCAGUUGCUAGACCGAACCUGAUGUCAUUGGGUCUCUGCAUGGGGAAGUUUACCAAGACUGGGAAAUUUAGAUUGCAUAUCACAUCUUUGUCAGUACUUGCGCAAUACGCUAAGUACAAAGUGUGGAUCAAACCUAAUGGUGAGAUGCCAUUCCUAUACGGUAACCACGUUUUGAAGGCACACGUUGGUAAGAUGUCCGAUGAUAUUCCAGAGCAUGCAGGUGUAAUCGUAUUUUCGAUGCAUGAUGUGCCAUUAGGAUUCGGUGUGAGUGCUAAGAGCACUUCUGAGUCCAGAGAUCUUCAACCAACCAGUAUUGUCGCAUUCAGACAAGCAGAUAUUGGUGAGUACUUGAGAGAUGAAGAUACAUUGUUUACUUAG